CGCAAUCAAUACCGCGACUGUUAUGACGAAGACACUGCACACUACCACAUGUGAAACUCGGUAUUUAUUAUCAUUUCAGACUCGCGGGAUCCGCGACGGGCCGUGGAUACCUAUAUCUCAAUGUGCACCCUGCAGUGCUGCAGUGUGCUUGAUGCCUGAUUUGGGUCUCUAUAGGGCAGUGCCAGCAGCAGCAUGUCUGCCCUCAGACGCCGCAUCGGCCACGUCCUCGACGACUCGCCGUCUCCCUCCCCCAGUCGAGACAGCACCCCUGAUUCGAACGAUGAGGUGAAGGUGGUGUCGAAGAAGAAACUCGAGAAGUUGAAGAAGGGCAACAGCAGCAAAAGGAGAUCGGGGCUCAUAUUCGGACUGGGCGGUCUUCUUGGCCUGCUGCUCGCGCUGCUCUUUGCUCAAUCCCAGGAUGUUAUCAGACUAGAAGGACUGUUGGAAGUCAAUCUCGACAGUUUGAUGGAUGUCAUCCCCGCUGGCAUAGUGAAAGAUGUGAAAGACCUCUCCAAAGCGGAACGCGAGGCCGUCAACUAUGAUUCCUUCGCGGUCGGGUUGGCGUUACAGGCGCAGGGCAUCACGGCGCAUCAUCCGGUGAUCAUGGUUCCUGGGGUCAUUUCCACAGGGCUAGAAUCCUGGUCUACGGGCGAGAAAUCAAGACAGUACUUUCGCAAGAGACUGUGGGGAUCAUGGUCAAUGAUGAGAGCACUUGUACUGGACCAGGCGUUGUGGAAGACCCAUAUCAUGCUGGACAAGGAGACGGGACUUGAUCCUCCCGGAAUCAAACUUCGGGCAGCUCAAGGCUUUGACGCCACCGACUUUUUCAUCACCGGGUACUGGAUCUGGAACAAGAUCUUGGAGAAUCUUGCCACGAUCGGGUACGAUCCAACGAACGCUUUCACAGCCGCUUACGAUUGGCGGCUUUCGUAUGCCAACCUGGAGUACCGGGAUCAAUAUUUCACCCGGCUCAAGAACUAUAUCGAGGUUGCACACCAGACUUCCGGAAGGAAGGCCGUCCUGGUUUCACACUCGAUGGGAAGUCAGGUGCUAUUCUAUUUCAUGAAGUGGGUCGAGCACAAAAACCACGGCAAUGGGGGACCGCGCUGGGUCAAUGACCACAUCGACUCGUGGAUCAAUAUCUCCGGAUGUAUGCUUGGAACAGCGAAGGAUAUUCCUGCGGUUUUGUCUGGAGAAAUGAAGGAUACGGCCCAGUUGAAUGCAUUCGCUGUUUACGGUCUGGAGAAGUUUCUUUCCAAGGAGGACCGGGCGGAGCUGUUUCGAGCCAUGCCGGGGAUUUCUUCCAUGUUGCCAAAGGGAGGCGAAGCGGUCUGGGGAAACAGUACAUGGGCUCCAGACGACCUUCCAUCCUCACAGCAGAACUCCAGCUUCGGUGUUUUUAUCUCCUUCAGACCCGAGAACAAUUCUACAAAAACACCACGGAAGAACCUCACGAUGACGGAAUCAUUUGAGUAUUUGAUGAAUACCACAGAACCAUGGUAUCACAGACAGAUCGAAGGCUCAUAUUCCCAUGGAGUGGCGCACACGAAGGCCGAAGUGGAGAAGAACGAAGACCGACCACAGACUUGGCUGAACCCUCUCGAAGCUAGACUUCCCAUCGCUCCAGACAUGAAGAUCUUUUGUUUUUACGGCAUCGGGAAGCCGACGGAAAGAGCUUACUUCUACAAGGACAAUGAGAAUCCAUUGCAAGGAAACGUCAACAUCACAAUUGAUACAUCAAUAAACUCGCCUAACAAGCAGUUACAGGAUGUCGGCGCGGUAGACCAUGGGGUGAUUAUGGGCGAAGGGGAUGGGACGGUGAACCUCUUAUCGACCGGUUAUAUGUGCGCCAAAGGCUGGAAGAAGAUCAAACGAUAUAACCCUGCAAACAUCAAAAUCACGACUUACGAAAUGCCGCAUGAGCCCGAUAGGUUUAAUCCUCGAGGCGGGCCCAACACAGGCGACCACGUUGACAUUCUGGGUAGAAGCAGCCUGAAUGAUUUGAUUCUGCGGGUCGCCGGAGGCAGAGGGGACGAAAUCGAAGAGAACUACAAAAGCCGCAUAUGGGAAAUCAGUGACAGGGUACAGAUUUCCGAGAAGGGCUGAAAAUGAAGGCGGGCCCGAAUGUUCCCCUUUUAUUAUUGCAUGGUCGGGUGUCAUGUCUGUGACCAUCUUACCUGUUGUCCGUUUUGCGAGUAUACGCCGCUACAAUUGGAGCAUGGCAGGACGCGGAGAUACCCCGGACGCAUUUACAUCGACUUUUGUGGUUUGUUGUCGGGCGAAGCUGUAUUGUAGAGGUCCAUAGAGGGAUACACGUUGGAAGGGGGGCAUACGAGCAACCCAUGCUCAUCUGUACUGUACAAAGACUACACUUAUACUUGAAAAGGGCGAAAAUCCGCCUGGUCAUGUCACAACCUCGUCCAUUCACCGAGUUGAUGCCACCCAGAUGAGCACAGAAUGUACAGUACUGUAGUGAUAUAUCAAAGUACCACCUUGUGAUCGGGUGCUGUCCCAAUGGAAAAGUUGGAAGCCUGUA